GAUAUCAAACAGCUAAAUGGAUUGUUUCAGUGCACCAGUAGGGGCCAGCAAAGAGCUCUUAGAGUUUUUCAGAACAGAAUUGGCAUUGAGAUAUGUUUAUUUGAUGUGUUAAAUUCUUUUUAGACUUCUUUACUUACCAAAACACUCUCCUAAGUGAACAAAUUGCAGAGACAGUGGAAUAAAAUAUCUUGUGUGCUCCAACUAUAUUGGGGUAUAGUUUUUCUGUCUAAUCUGCAUAUAUUUUUAAUGGAAUGUUUGCUUAUGCUAUUUCUUGGCAGAGUUUUAAUAGUCAAAAUAUAAAUGGCAUCAUUUAAAGACUGUACUACUUGGCUGCAAUAGGUCCCAAAAUUAUAGGAGAAAAUGCUUGGUGACAGCUUCUCUUUAACUUUUUUUCUCUCAGCCGUAUGCUCAAUUUUUGCGAUAGUAUUACUAGGCAAGUUUUGUAUUCCUCUUCUUAAGCUUUCACUUUGUGUAAGAAGUGUUUUGGAAGCUAAAAUAUUUAUCUAUUUGAUUUCAUGCUGAAUUUUUAAUUCACCCCACAAUUUGGGUAUUUCCAAAUUGUAUAACUGUUCGGACUUAUCUGAAAAAAAUGUAACAGUCUCUAUUCUUUUCUACAUUAACUAACUUGACUAGAUUCCUAGUAUGGCUACUAUUUGGAAAUUCAAUCCCCGAUUUGAUACUCAAUUACAUGGGGUUUCAUUCCUACCAACUUCCUGUAAUUCUAUCCCUAUGGGUAAAAAUAUUAGUGGUCAAACUCCGCUGGAGAAAGUAUAGGCGCUGUGAUUCACGUAGUUAAAUGUUCAUUUAAUAGAGCUGGAGUGAAAAAAUACUGUUUCAACUUGAAAUGCUAGAAGAUUGUUGUUCUUGUGUUACUCAUUCAUGCAAAUUGGAGAAGGUAUAAUUGAAACAAGGUUGGCAGUGUUCGAGGCAGUGUGCUGCAGCUGAGCUCAGCUUAAAGGUCGCUGGAAAUCAAGUGCUUUGUAAGUGAAGGCAUUUUGACUACAAGCAAUUCAAGACAUUUUGGAAGCGUCAGUCUCAGGACUUUUCUCUCUGUGAUAUCUGGUAUCUAAUGUUUUACUUAGGAUAAAGACUACUACUUAAGAGCUCUUUCGGGCACCACAAAUGAUUUUUUCUUUCGACGCAGCGCAGCUGCUUCUAGCCUGUCUACCGACAGAGAUCUUUGUUAUGACUUUCAGCCCUUAACAUGUUUGGAAAUGAGAACAAAUGGCACAAAGCUUACGAUUGCACUUUGCAGCCAGGAGAAGCAAUACUUACCCUUUGUCGGAAAGCUCCGGAGAUGGUUUGGAUAGCAAUGCUCACAUGUGCUUCAAAAGACCGACACGGAUUUCAACAUCGAACGUUGUUCAAAUGAAGCUGACUCCCAGACAGACCGCACUGGCUCCGUUAAUAAAGGAAAACGUUAGGUCCCAGGAGAGAGCAUCUGCUCCUUCACCUGAAAAUGCUAAUAAAAAGAGCAGCUGUCUGCAGAUUUCCCUGCAGCCAACAAGGUCCGGUAGGUGUCUCCCGCCCAGCAGCGUCUCCGCUGAUGGGGACGACGCCUCGCUUACCUGUGUCUGGAAGGACGGCGCGGACGGCAGCGCCGCGGUCGAUCGCGAACUGAACGCCCUGAGUGACGACACCCUCCUGAGCAGUCCUGCCACGUGCGGCGGCAGCCUCAGUAACUUUUCCACCAGUGAGAAUGGGUCUUACACCAGCAACGGCAGUGAUUAUGGGUCAUGCACAAGUAUCACAAGCGGAGGUUCGUACACCAACAGUAUCAUCAGCGAUAGCAGUGGUUAUGCUUUUCCGCCCGCGGAUGAUACAUUUUUCGGUGGAAAUUUAUCUUCGGACAGCGCCUCCAACAGAAGUGUGCCAAACAGGAAUACCUCUCCAGGUGACAUGUUUUCAAGAAGUACGAGUACGAUUCCUUUUGUCCAGGAUGACUUGGAGCACGGACUCGAGAUUAUGAAGUUGCCAGUGAGCCGGGGCUCGAAAAUUCCACUAAAACGUUGUUCAUCCUUAGUCAUUUUUCCUAGGAGUCCUUCGAAUACCCCACCAACUUCUCCAACAGGUAUGGGCACUCUUCCAAGCAAAGGAUCCUAUCAAACCUCACACCAGUUUAUUAUUUCUCCCAGUGAAAUGGCCCACCAUGAAGAUGGUACUGGUGCUAAGGGGUUUCUUUCCACAGCUGUCAAUGGACUUCGGUUGUCGAAAACAAUCUGCACCCCCGGAGAAGUGAGGGACAUACGGCCCCUCCACGGGAAGGGCUCGUCGCAGAAGAAAACGAUUCUUGCAAGAAAUAGUCCAAAUCAGGCUGCCUUGGAAAAGUCAUCUGAAGGAUAUUCUUGCGUUUCGGUGCAUUUCACCCAACAGAAAACCACCACAUUCGAGUGUGAAGCAGUGAAUGGUGAUCGUAAACCAGAGAUGUCAGAAAUUAAGCUUAAUUCUGACCCAGAGUAUAUUAAGCUUAUGCAUAGGACAUCCGCAUGUUUACCGUCCUCCCAAAAUGUAGAUUAUCAAAUAAAUAUCAAUGGACAGUUGGAAAGACCAAAUUUACAGAUACACAAAAGCCAUGCUCUUUUCCAAAGAAGUAUUUCAUUAGGAGGAACGUAUCCAAAUGUUUCCUGUUUAUCCAGCCUUAAGCACAAUUGUUCUAAAGGGGGACCAUCUCAAUUACUCAUAAAGUUUGCAUCUGGAAAUGAAGGUAAAGUCGAUCAUUUACCAAGAGACAGCAACAGAGAUUUCACAAAUGAACUAUCUAAAUCUUCGAAGCAUUCUUGUAAGACAAGAGAUGAUUUCCUAGGUCAAGUGGAUGUUCCUCUUUACCCAUUACCAACAGAAAAUCCAAGAAUGGAGAGACCAUAUACAUUUAAGGAUUUUGUUCUUCACCCAAGAAGUCACAAAUCAAGAGUUAAAGGUUAUCUGAGAUUAAAAAUGACUUACUUACCUAAAACCAAUGGCUCAGAAGAUGAUAACGCAGAACAGGCUGAGGAAUUAGAGCCUGGCUGGGUUGUUUUGGACCAACCAGAUGCUGCUUGCCAUUUGCAGCAGCAACAAGAACCUUCUCCUCUACCUCCAGGAUGGGAAGAGAGACAGGAUAUUCUUGGAAGGACCUACUAUGUAAACCAUGAAUCUAGAAGAACGCAGUGGAAAAGACCAACCCCUCAGGACAACCUAACAGAUGCUGAGAAUGGUAACAUUCAACUGCAAGCACAGCGUGCCUUUACCACCAGGCGGCAGAUAUCUGAGGAAACAGAAAGUGCUGACAACCGAGAGUCUUCCGAGAACUGGGAAAUUAUAAGAGAAGAUGAAGGCACCAUGUAUAGCAAUCAGGCCUUCUCAUCACCUCCACCCUCAAGCAGCUCGGAAGUUCAGACUCACCUUGCAGAAGAAUUGAAUGCUUUACUUGCUAUUUGUGGAAAUUCAGCCACUGGCCAGCCAGUAUCCAGCUCAAAUCAUUCCAGCAGAAGAGGCAGCUUACAAGCCUACACUUUUGAGGAACAGCCUACCCUUCCCAUGCUCUUGCCUACAUCAUCUGGAUUACCACCAGGUUGGGAAGAAAAACAAGAUGAAAGAGGAAGAUCGUAUUAUGUAGAUCACAAUUCCAGAACCACUACGUGGACAAAGCCCACUGUACAGGCCACAGUGGAGAGUCAGCUGCCACCAAGCCAGAGUUUUUCUGCAAGCCCUCAACCACAGGUCCCCACAAGUGAUUCGGAACAGCAGGUGACUCAGCCGUCUGAAAUGGAGCAAGGAUUCCUUCCUAAAGGCUGGGAAGUCCGGCAUGCACCAAAUGGGAGGCCUUUCUUUAUUGACCACAACACCAAAACCACCACCUGGGAAGACCCCAGACUGAAAAUUCCAGCUCAUCUGAGAGGAAAGACAGCGCUCGAUUCUUCCAACGACCUGGGGCCUUUACCUCCAGGAUGGGAAGAAAGAACUCACACGGAUGGAAGAAUUUUCUACAUAAAUCACAAUAUUAAAAGAACGCAAUGGGAAGAUCCUCGGUUGCAGAAUGUAGCAAUUACUGGACCAGCCGUGCCCUACUCCAGGGAUUACAAAAGAAAGUAUGAGUUCUUCCGAAGAAAGCUGAAGAAGCAGAAUGACAUUCCAAACAAGUUAGAAAUGAAACUUCGCCGCGCGACUGUGCUCGAGGACUCGUACAGGAGGAUCAUGGGCGUCAAGAGGGCAGAUUUCCUCAAGGCCCGGCUGUGGAUUGAGUUCGACGGUGAAAAGGGAUUAGAUUACGGAGGCGUCGCCAGAGAAUGGUUCUUCCUGAUCUCAAAGGAAAUGUUUAACCCUUAUUAUGGGUUGUUUGAAUAUUCUGCUACGGAUAAUUAUACACUACAGAUAAAUCCAAAUUCUGGAUUGUGUAAUGAAGAUCACCUCUCUUACUUCAAGUUUAUUGGCCGGGUAGCUGGAAUGGCAGUUUAUCACGGCAAACUGUUAGAUGGUUUUUUCAUCCGCCCAUUUUACAAGAUGAUGCUACACAAACCAAUAACACUUCAUGAUAUGGAAUCAGUGGAUAGUGAAUAUUAUAAUUCACUGAGAUGGAUUCUUGAAAAUGACCCAACAGAACUGGACCUCAGGUUUGUCAUAGAUGAAGAACUUUUUGGACAGACACAUCAGCAUGAGUUGAAAGUUGGAGGAUCAGAAAUAGUUGUCACCAAUAAGAACAAAAAGGAAUAUAUUUAUCUUGUAAUACAGUGGCGAUUUGUGAAUCGCAUCCAGAAGCAAAUGGCUGCUUUUAAAGAGGGAUUUUUUGAACUGAUACCACAGGAUCUCAUCAAGAUUUUUGAUGAAAAUGAACUAGAGCUUCUUAUGUGUGGAUUGGGAGAUGUCGACGUGAACGACUGGAGAGAACACACCAAGUACAAAAACGGCUACAGCGCCAACCAUCAGGUCAUCCAGUGGUUUUGGAAGGCUGUUUUAAUGAUGGACUCAGAGAAGAGAAUAAGGUUACUGCAGUUUGUAACGGGCACGUCGCGAGUGCCCAUGAACGGAUUUGCUGAACUGUAUGGCUCGAAUGGACCACAGUCUUUUACAGUUGAGCAGUGGGGUACCCCUGAAAAGCUGCCGCGAGCCCAUACAUGCUUCAAUCGCUUGGACUUGCCGCCCUAUGAAUCAUUUGAAGAAUUAUGGGAUAAACUUCAGGUGGCAAUUGAGAACACUCAGGGUUUCGAUGGAGUCGAUUAGAUUAUAAGUAAAAAAUCUACGGUGUUUUACUGACACAUUUUUAUAAGCAACAUCUUGACUUAAAAUUUUCCAGGGAACUACUAAAACUUAGCCGUUGAUUCUUCCCAUAUAGUGGAGAAAAUCAUAUAAAAGCAUUAGAAGAAAUAGUGCGACGACUUUACCAGUAUUUCAUCCACUUUAAAAUGAUGUGUUGCAUUUACACAGUUGUUUCCUUCUGUCUUUAGAGUUCACACUCCCGGACCUAAGUCCUUCGUGCCUGAAAUAGCGAGUUGUGUCUUUAACAUUUACCUCUUUUCCAGUAUGUGCCAGGCAGUCCUUUCUUAAACUACUGAAUUUAUAACUGUGAAAUAUUUGUGGUAAGUGUCAUGUGUGAAAAGUUUGAUGCUUUUUGAGAAGGAAAACUGAAAUCUGGAAAAGGAUACUUUAACAUUGAGUCAACUACACCAUAUUUAGCGCUGCCUACAGCUAUUUAUUACCUCGUAGACCUGCCCGAUGCACCUUAUUGCCCAGAGUUUUGGAACAACCUUGGAAAGUGUGUUAGCUGUAUUUUCAGUCAGCUGACUCACUGGCAGAACAACAACAACAAAACUUGUUUACUUCAUUUUAAAAGUAUUUGGUUUUUGUUAAUAUGUGGUUUUACUGAACAAAGUGGUGUAGAGGACAUGUGACGCAAACUCAGAUUUGCAAAGGGUGAGAAGUAUUAGCGCCGUCCUUCUUGCCUACGUAUCCUUAUGGUUUAUCGGUAUAGUCACCGCUCUCUCGUGUGGUAGGUUAGUUCAAAGAAUUCCUCCUUCCGAUGUUAAGCUAGAGCUCCACAAAGCAGUAUUUCUAAGUGUGCCUCGAAGAACUAAGUUUAAAUGUAUAGUACUUGCCUUGACUAGACAUUCUUUACACUUGCACAAUUAUGUAGUAACUCUAUGUUUACAGGGUUUAUUAUGUUUACACAUUAAGCUGAUUUCUGUAGUCGCCUUUUUAUAUUUUUAGUAUGUCACUUUAGUAAAAAAAACCAAAUAAUUUGUUAAAAAUAACCAAAGAAUAGUUAUAAUGCAUAAAUUGUAUUAAAUUUAUUACUGCAUUUCUUAUGCUUUUAAAAAAAUACUGUUUACUAUGAAAAUGAUGACGUUUUACUAUUACUCCAAAACUCUUUAGCAAAAUGUUACAGAUAGAAUCCUACCUUAAUCACACUGAAGUACAUGAAAACCAUGUACAUUCAACAAACAUUUAUUAAAUUUUGCCUGCUAUGCACAUAGCACUGUGCUAGGCCCUGGGGAGAGAGUUGUCAGCUUCCAAGAAACCUGGCCCAGUCCUCAUCCCCAAGGAACUCACAGGUGUGUAAGUGACUUUUUCAACAAUCAAAGUAGGAGUGAGCAGAAUAAGGCAAAAGGGAAAGUGUUUCAGUGUACCUGCCAAAUAGUGUGCCAAGACUGUAUGUGUUUCCUACCUGUCUUGGAAUGAUUAUAUAGAAAACGCUCUUGCAGAAAGUUAAACCUGUUUCUCAAUAUGGUGUCUUGGGGAUCCAGGAAUAAUUGUAAAUAUCAUAUAAGUGUUAUGAAGCCUCUUAAAUACAUAUAUGUAUAUAUACCCCAAGUGUUGCAAAAAGUGCUUCUGGCUGUUGGUUUAAGUUGGUGGGUAUAUAAGGAAAUGGGUACCUGCCAGCACCUGGUAGAGAUCUGAGAUGUGACCGUAGCAAAACCACUUUCCAAACAGCUCAGUGUAGAGGAAGGAACUCAUAGAUCCAUGCACCCUGUGUUUUAUGUCUACUCGUGCUAACCAGUGUUCAGGCAAGACCAGCAGGUGCAGUCCUAAUUUUAUCACUUACCUGCUGUUUAAACUGAAGCAACUUAUUUGACCUCUCUGGGCUCCUAUUUUGUAAUCUGUCCAAUGAGAAUCAUCGUGCCCAGUCUCACUGUCACGUAAGAUUGUUGUUCCAGAGAGGUUUUUUUAUGAAGUAUUUUACAAUCAGAAGAUGCUUUGUGCCGACCAUCAGAUUUCAUCAAAUCAAGCGUUGACACUAACUGCUCCCAAAGAAGAAUCUCUUUAUUUAAAAAUAAACUGCUAAUAGACAAGGAAGUAGGUACCGCUCUGAUACUGAAUACAUACACACAUAUAUGUAUACAUAUGUUUGACUGUACAUGGAUCUUAUCAGAAUCUAUUUUCUCCACAUUAGCAAAGUCAUUAGCAUGGCCAAUACAUUUUGGAAUGUUCUCGUUACGUAGAACUGAAUGUGAAAACUAUUUUUGUCAACACAGGAUUUUAUCACGAUUGUUUAAAUAUCACUUCUGUAAAAUACCAGAGCAGAUAUCAGAGCUUGAGAAAAUAUAAAGCUUGCUUUUCAUCUGACUGAUAUUCAUUUGGAUGACCCUGUGACUCAGAUAAAUCAGGUUUCAAUGAGACCAGGCUCACUCCCACCAGCCCCCAGCCACAGACCAUCGUCCCCUCUGUCUCCCAGCUGUGGGCUGUCAGUCUGGAAGAAACCUGUAUCAAGCAACACAGCCUCUCACCCCAGACAGAAAAUAUCUCACAUGCAUUCUAUGGAGGGAGAGGAAGUAAUGUCAUUUUCUUAAAGCAAGAACAUCAUAUUUUUCUAGAAAUGAUAAGUACAUAAUUGUAGCCUAUAUUUUCUCUGUAAUCAGACAAACUUUAACAUAGACAUAAAAUUGUAUUACAGAUGUAUUUCAUCCUAACUGAAA